AUGGAAGGAAAGUACAGCCGAGGGGAAGAGAGGAGGCCUUUGGGUUUUCCAGGCUUCUUUGCACUGUGUUGCUGUCAGAAAAAGAAUAGAGAAGAGACACCCUUGGGUUUCUGCGAUAUGAAGGCACGGAGAAGCAACCUGUGCUUUGGAAGGGAGGAUCCUGCUUAUUUAGACAUGGCGUAUUUUCCUGACAAUGAUCUGCACAUGGCGGCCUGUGCGGGAGAUCUACCCUAUGUGCGAAUGUACUCCACUCUGGGUAAAUACGAAGUCAAUCACAGAGACAGGGAGAAUAGGAAUGCCAUGCACUUUGCCUGCUUCUAUGGACAUUUAGAAUUGGUGAUAUAUCUCUGGAGACGUGGCUGUGAGAUUAAUGUGUGUGAUAAUCAUAACAUCACACCCCUGAUGAAGGCUGUCCAAAGCUGGGAAGAUGACAUCGUGUGUUUUCUGCUAGAGCACCAUGCUAACCUGCACAUUAAAGACAGCAGGGGUAACACUGCUCUGCACUAUGCUGUCUAUGGCGGGAAUUCAGCAACGGCUGCCAUACUGCUACAGUAUGGAGCAGAUAUUGAGGAAAGGACAAAAGACAACCUCACACCACUCUUGCUUGCUCUAAGGGAGAACAGACUGAAGAUGGCACAAUUCUUAGUAAGGAUGGAAGCAAGCGUGCAUGCAGUUGACUCACAGAGAAGAAAUUCUCUCAUGUAUGCUGUAAGGUGUGACUCGCCAGUUAUGGUCAACCUUAUUCUUCAACAAGGUGCCGACACAAAUUUGAAAGAUUUAUUUGGAUGGACUGCUUUACGUUAUGCUAUUGAAGGUGAUCGUGAUGUGAGGACAAUACUUUUGGAGUACAAGUAUAACCUGAUACAAAGCUUAAGAAAGACAAAUCGAGCAUUUCAGAGUUCUGAAAACUCUUCAAUCAGGCCUAUCAACAAAGCUGAUGCUGAAGUGACCUCACCUACGGCAAAUGAGAAAGUGAUUGAAAUGCAAGACCCUUUUACAACCAAUGAAGCAAGCAUGGAGAAGAUACAAACCUGCAGACCAGGUAAAUUUAGAAACAAACUCUGA